CUCACACAUAUCCUUUCAGUUUCACAUCUUUAUCUCAAACUCAAAGUCUAUGCAACACUGACUGUACAGAGAGUGUACAUAGAGAGAGAAAUUGGUGUUUAUAGACGAUAGAUACAGAGAGAAGGAGGAAGGAGAUGAAGGGAUUAAGCAAGCCGAUUUCGAGUCCGGGGAGAACGGACAAGUUUCCGCCGCCAUUAAUGAGGUUUCUGAGGAGUAAUGCGGGGAGCAGAAGCAGAGGGCGGUCGCGUUCGAGCCCAAUGUUCAUGAGGAAGAAGAACUCCGUCGCCAUUGAAACCACUCAGGAGCCUUCUUCUCCUAAGGUCACCUGCAUCGGUCAAGUCCGAGUCAAAAGGUCUUCCAAAUCCUCCUCCACCGCCGGCGCCGGCGCCGCCGGAAUCAGCCGCUCCAAGUCGCACCGGAAAACCAGACGGACUUCUAGUUCUAAACAACAGCCCUGCUGGUGGGUCCGGAAGCUCCUAAUUUGCCGCGGAAUUUCGCGGAAAUUCCGGAAACCCCAACCGAUUUCAUCGUUUUUCCGGAAAUGGGCGUUCUUCUGUUGCGGGUUCGGGUGCCGGAAAAUACGCGACAAUACGGAUCCUCCUCCACGGGUCGACCCCGACCCGAAAGGUCCGACCCAGGAAGAAGAAACCGGGUGCAAUAGUACAACUAGUGGCCGCGGCGGCGAUAAACCGGAAAAUAAAGAAAACACCGUGGGUAGUUCAUCAUCACCGGCCGACUACGCUUUCCUCUUGACCCGUUGCAGAUCUGCUCCGUAUAGAUCUUCCUCCCUAGCCUGCAGAUUCUGGGGUUCACCAUUAAACGCACCCGAAACAGAACCCGAGAAUUUGCCUCAAGAAGAAAAGGUGAGCUCUUCGCCGAGAAAAUCCCAAGAAACGGAGGAUUCUCCGAGCUCAGACGACGCCAAAACCAAAGAAGAAGAAGAAGAAGAAGAAGAAGAAAAACAGGAGACAAGUAAGGUUGAGCCAAUCGGGAAAAGCGCAGUGCAUCCAUUGCUGCUAACAAGGUGCAAAUCAGAGCCAGCAAGAACCGGCGAAAGGCUGAACCCAGACGCCGGUUACUGGAAACUAAGAAGAUUUGCAGAGCCUCAUCCAAGUAGCUAGACAGAGCACAAUAUCACACCAGUAAUUUUUCUCUUCUUUUGUCUUCUUCCAUCCCCAAACAUCUCUGCAAAUUACUGUGAGUAAAACAUUUCGUUUUGUUUCACUGUUCACCACACAACAUAACCCCCCACAAGAAUUAUUUGUUUUUCCCCCACACAACCAGCUCAGUUGAUUAUUAGAUGUUCCGUAUUAGAUAGUAAAUUGUGAGCAAUCACAUAAAAUCGAGUCCCUUUAGGAGAGCAAGUACACAUAAUUGAGCCCUGUAAUGUGGUAGUUACACUUAAUAUGGUGGAUUAUAUCAGUCACGGGUCAUCUCACCUAAUGGACGGAUCAAUCAUUACGAUUUAUCAUUUUACUAUCUUGUCAGGUUAGAAGACUAGGAAAUUUCACUUUUUGUGAGUAAGAAUUACUUGUAUUUAUGCCUUUUUACUACCUUAAUUGACCCGAGAAAGUUAACAUGUGUGUGAUGUAGAAGACAAACACACAUAACAUCUUCACUGUAUUAUUAUUCACAGAAAUGGGAAAACCUUAUCUUAAUGAAAUUGAUGUUAAGGUUGGCAAGUUGCCGGUUUGAUUGGUA